CUUUUGUUACACCAACUCCGUUGUGAUUGUUAACUACUUGACUUUGCUCUUAAAAAAUUGCAGUGAUCAAAAUAGGGAAGUGUUAAAGUUAAGGGACUAAGGUUGUAAAUAAUCCAAACCAACAGCCAAAAACAACCAAACUGUCAACUAUCAGUAGGCGGAGCUGAUCGAUCAUCGGCUGCUAAAUCUAUUUACUAUAGGAAACCACCACCAUCAUCGCCGCCGCCGCCGCUGUCGCCGUGCAUCCGCCACCAGCAGUGUAUGAUUGAUUUCGUCAGCUCCGAUGUCGCUCUUGAACCAAAUCUUCAAUAGGGGACUUAUUGGCGCAAAAUGUAAAACAUGCCUAACUUUGGCAAUAUCACGGAUUAAAUUACUUCAAAAUAAGAGAGACAUGCAAUUGAAGCUUAUGCGCAAGGAAAUAGCACAAUUUCUUCAAUCUGGGCAAGAACCAAUUGCUAGAAUACGGGUGGAACAUGUUAUAAGAGAACAAAAUAUAUGGGCUGCAUAUGAGAUCUUGGAAAUGUUCUGUGAGUUUGUUCUUGCAAGAGUUCCAAUUAUCGAAAGCCAGAGGGAAUGUCCAUUGGAAUUGAAGGAAGCAGUUGCAAGCAUAAUCUUUGCAUCUCCAAGAUGCUCAGAUUUACCAGAUUUAUUAACUGUUAGAAAUUUAUUUACCACAAAAUAUGGAAAAGAUUUCAUAUCAGCUGCUUCUGAGCUUCGCCCUGAUACUAGUGUCAAUCGUACAAUAAUUGAAAAACUUUCCGUUUAUACCCCUUCGGGUGACAUGAAGCUUAGUGUCUUGAAGGAAAUCGCUCAAGAGUACAAUAUCUCAUGGGAUUCUUCUAAAACCGAAGCUGAAUUCAACAAAAGGCCUGAGGAUCUUUUGAAUGGACCAAAGCAAAUAUCAAAUGUGACUACAAUUACAAAACUCCCCCAAAGUCAUAAAGAAUCUCCUAAAGCUGCAAAUCAUGUCCCCAUUAAACCUCCAACAAAUGCUGCAAACUCAAAUCCCACCAAAGUAAAUCAAUCAUCAGUGGAGGGUAAAAUGGUAAUUCCGGUUUCAUCAGAAUCAAAUGAUGUCUUGGAGAGAGCUCGAGCUGCCAUUGCUGCUGCCGAUCGCGCAUCGGCUGCUGCUCGGGCUGCUGCUGAAUUGGUUAAUGUUAAUUUUAACUCGUGUACGUUACAAGGGGCAAAUAGAUAA